AUGACGGUAGAUGUGGAAGGGUUGAUGUUCAAUAUAUUAUCGGUAGAUGGCGUGUACGGUACAGCGCAUUACGGGGAGGACAGUGUGGGGUCAUUCCCGUACUUCGAAUACAAUGUGCCGCGGAACGUUACAACCGUGGUAGGACAGACCGCCUUCCUGCAUUGCAGGGUUGAACAACUGGGAGAUAAAGCUGUAUCUUGGAUUAGGAAGAGAGAUCUCCAUAUAUUAACGGCGGGGAUUCUUACCUAUACUUCGGAUCAAAGGUUUCAGGUGAUCAGGCCAGAGAAAUCAGAAAAUUGGACGCUGCAGAUAAAAUUUCCGCAGGAAAGGGAUGCCGGUAUCUACGAAUGUCAAGUUAAUACCGAACCGAAGAUGUCUUUGGCGUUUCAACUGAACGUCGUUGAAGCGAAAGCACACAUCCUGGGUCCUGUGGACUUAUACGUUAAAACUGGCAGCUCUUUAUCAUUGACAUGCAUAUUGAGUCAAGGUCCUCACGACUUGGGAACUAUAUUUUGGUAUAAGGGAUCAAACAUAAUAGAGUAUAAGGAAGUAGAAGAGAACGAGCUAGUGGAAGAACCUCGAGUGAGACUGAAGACAGAAUGGACGGAGCAGCUGACGUCACGGCUCACGAUAGACAAGCUGCUGCCGGGGGACAGCGGGAACUACAGCUGUGUGCCAACCAUGGCUGAGGCAGCGUCUGUUAAUGUCCACGUUAUUAAUGGUGAACACCCAGCUGCGAUGCAACACGGUAACGCGAACACAGCCUCGCCGUGCGCGCUCUCAGUGAACCUCCUCAUCUCUUUAUACUGCACUCUUGCGACUCUCUACACCAGUACCGUAGAUGGAUUCAGAUGAAAAUUACACAAUGCACUAGAGAACAUUUGAUGAUGUUGUUUGUAAAGUAGGUUCGGGUAAGGUUGUUGUGGGCGUGGAUUUGUCGUUUGAAGAUUUGUCAUGUAUUUUGAAGUAAAUACUCCAUUAGUGGCUAAAACGUAAUUCUGAAGUAUUAACAGAUUUUGAUAAACAAAAGUUUCUGUUCUCUUUUACUAUCAACACAAAGAGUUUCCAUUUUUUUUCCAGAUAGCAUUUUAAAACAAAGCCAUAAAUACUUAAGAACGGAUCUAUCAAUUCGAUUGAUAACUUCAGAGAUCUGCGAAGAAGCAGUUUUGUUUUUUUCCUUUUUUGCAAUAAAUACAGUAAGAUUAAUAAUCAAUAACAUCAUUACACUAUAGAGGAGACAUUAAUUAAAAGACAUCUCCAAAAAAAGUAACGAUCGCAAAACAGAUCCCUUUCAAACCAUUUAAAAUUCAAACAACUGUAACAGCUGAAACCCUUGGUGAUUCUAAUCAAACGAAUAAUUAAAUUCGUUGAAACCUCUUUUGAGUUUCUUUACAUGUGUCAGUAAUGGUCCGAUGGGUUUCAAAUAAAAGGAUUCGAGUGACGUAAUGGGCGAUCGAAUAUCCAAGUGACAAGAUACCCUGGUUCUUUGAUUUUGAACUUUAGAAUUUGAAUUUUGUUGAAAUUUUUCCGUUCGUUGAAUGUUCAGUGAUUAUGUUUAGGAAUUCUAUUUUCAUUCUUAUUAAUUCGUAAAUAACUUUGCCUGUUAGGCUUUUUAAGGUUAUAAUUCAGUAAGCUUGAUUACUGACGUUAAAGUGGGCGAUGCUUUCAGCAAAAAAGUAUCUUAUGUUUUUUUUUAAUAUUGUCGUAAAGAUGUGUGAUCAAGAGCUAUAAUCACAAUAUAAUAUUUAUUCUUAUUCUAAGUGUCUUUUAUGAACUUAUUAGAAGGUUAGUUUGUUUACGUGUUGCGUGACCCAAUAUUAAAUGGAAUUAAAUGAAAUUCUGUCACACAAAUAUUAUAACACAGAAAUUAUUCUGCAGUACUUAAAGCAAAGCCCAGAGCCUCAAUUAGCGAAAAUAUUUCAUAAAACGAGCAAAGUAUCGAAGUUGAUUAAUAUUUUACGCAGAUUUGAGUUAAACUGAAUAAUUAAUGCUUAAUUUGAGUUUAACUUAAACGUUGCCUUCCGUUGACGAUUUUAUUAUAAUUUCGAAAGUUUUAGUUUAGAUUCGUUGAGUUUUAUUAACGUUUAAUGU